ACCUCCAGCCCCAUGGAGCCCCCGAUCCCACAGAGUGGCCCGUUGACUCCCAGCUCCGUCAUGAUCCAACCCCUCCUUGACAGCCGAGUGCCCCACAGCCGGCUCCAGCACCCACUGGCCAUCUUGUCCAUCGACCAGAUGAAGACCAGCCACGUGGAGAAUGACUACAUAGACAACCCGGGCCUGGCGCCCCCUGCCGGCCCCAAGCGCGCACGGGGCGGGGCCUCAGAGCCGGCUCCAACCCCGUCCCGCUGUGACCAGGAUGUCACCCACCACUGGAUCUCCUUCAGCGGGCGCCCCAGCUCUGUGAGCAGCAGCAGCAGCACGUCCUCCGACCAGAGGCUCUUAGACCACAUGGCACCGCCGCCUGUGGCUGACCAGGCCUCCCCACGAGCUGUGCGCAUCCAGCCCAAGGCAGUCCACUGCAAGCCCCUGGACCUCAAGGGCCCUGCAGCCCCGCCUGAGCUGGACAAGCACUUCCUGCUCUGCGAGGCCUGUGGGAAGUGUAAGUGCAAGGAGUGCGCGUCCCCCCAGACGUUGCCCUCCUGCUGGGUCUGCAACCAGGAGUGUCUGUGCUCACCCCAGACCCUGGUCAACUACGGCACUUGCAUGUGCCUGGUGCAGGGCGUCUUCUACCACUGCACCAACGAGGACGAUGAGGGCUCAUGCGCAGACCACCCCUGCUCCUGCUCUCACUCAAACUGCUGCGCCCGCUGGUCCUUCAUGGGCGCCCUCUCCUUGGUGCUGCCCUGCCUGCUCUGCUACCUGCCCGCCACGGGCUGCGUGAAGCUGGCACAGCGCGGCUACGACCGCCUGCGCCGCCCCGGCUGCCGCUGCAAGCACACGAACAGCGUCAUCUGCAAGCCAGCCGGGGAUGCCAAGGCCAGCAGACCCGACAAGCCUUUCUGA